CGCGCACAAUCAAACACUGGCGUCGAACACGACAAUUUCAGCCCAGAGGGAAAACAAAUUGUCCCAACUGUCAAUUCUUCGUUGUCCGGUGUCUUCCCUCUCCCGGCGUUUCCCACUUUCCGUGUUGGUCCUUUCGAGUCGACAUACCUCUUUUUCGUCGCCUAAACGGAGAACGAGAAGAAAAAGAAACAGAGAACGAAGAAGAAUGGAGGCACGACGGGAGAGGAACGGGAAAGUUCAAACGUCACUUGCGGCACCGUCCAAUGGCGACGCCUCCCUUGCACUCCGCCUGACGUCGCGUGCUCUGAAGAAACAGGCAGCAUCGGCGGUGGCGACGAGCAAGCACCCGUGGUACGACAGAGAGAAGGUGGGGGGGGGAGGAUAAGGGGUGGCUGCUGGCAAAGAGGAGGCGUUCUUCGUGGGAGGGCAGCAGGCUGCCACCGCACGCACCGUGGCGGCGGCGAGACGAGGGCGAGGAGGAGAGCCGCCUCGCUCUACCUGAAAACUUGUCGUCUCGGCACGUGCCAAAGUCGUCUCGCGUCUCGUCCACUGCGAGCACGCACGCCGGACGGAGCAGCCGUCGUCGCCGACACGCCGCAGACCGGUCUCGCGAGUACGGGACAAGCGCCCGGUCGGCCUCCGCGAGCGAACACGACGCAGGGCCCGCUCGCCGCCGCCGCCGCUGAACCACCGGCGAGGCACGGACGGCCCAGAAGCUCGAGCCAGGAGUACGAAGGAGCGUUCUCGUCUCGCUCCACGAAACCGCUCUGCGAUGCACAGCUGCUGAACAGCAAGGUUCCUGCCCCUCGGCGCCGGCGGCACCAGCAGCAGCAACCUCCGUGAAGACAUGCCCGCGGCGUCACCGCGUUGCUUCGUACCGUCUGUGUGCGUCACCAGGCGGGACUCUCGGACGAGCCGUCCAGCUGGUUCGCAAGACUCGCUCCAUCCUCUCGUUAUUUAGGCGUGCGGAUCACGAGAAAGAAAAGAAAGUGGGGUGAGUGGGACCGCGGGCGAUGUGCCUUGCGGGAGACGCUACGUUACGGCAUCGCUACAUCGGCGUUCCCGAAGAGCGCGGUUUCGUCGUCGCACCGGCUGGUGGUCGCAGUCGCCCGUCGGGAGGAAUAGCAACCGCCGUGCUGCCGUUGCCGACUGGUGUGAGAAAAGCGACUGUGCUCGAGCCGAUCGCGCGUCGGUCUCCCCUUCCGCUUCGCUUCCACGUCGAGCCGAGAUCUUCGCACCGUCGACAACGAGCGACCGUUGAGUGUCUGUGAGAGCUUCGGUGACGUGGAGCCUUCUCCCGCUUUUGUGACGUGCGUGCCGAGAAUAGUGACGGGCCAGUGAACACCAGUGUGUGUAUAUAGGAAAAGGAAAACUUUGUGAAAGUUAGGUCGAUUGUUCGCAUUUUCACGUCUUUCCCGCUCCAAGGCGCUUUCUUCAGUACGACGGAGCCAGUACGAGCACAGCUCGCAUCGUGGCGAGUGACCGGUGUGAGAAUUUCUGUGGCUGCAACCCUCGAGCUUGCGCAAGGAAACCAGGAGCGGCAACUGGCGCCUUACAGAAACUUCGGAAACCACUACUGCAGUAUAACGUGCGUGACGGGUUACGGUAAGUCGACGAGCACGCGGAAAGCCGCAGCGACCGACUGCCGACUACACCCACACUUGAGCGGCGCCAUCAGCCCUGGGAUUCAGAGCACGUAUUCGCGUCGACCGCACAGCAAGCAAGACUGACUACGCGGAGGAUAUUUUUUUUUUCUAAGGCAUUCCUGGAAAGUAUUCAGGGUUGGUGACAGUGAGCGUAGAUCAAAUCCUAGAGGGAGAUCUUGACCCAUCCAAGACGACGACCACGCGCCCCAGUCCUUAGGGACAAGACGCUCUGGAUGCAAGGAUACUCUCUCUCGGGGACUUACUAGUGCGUUCGACUGAGGACGACAAGCAACGAGAAGCUGGACGUGUACCUCGCUCGGCGUAUCCAAUCGUGUGCCACCGGUGACCUGCGGUUGCAUCGCAGAAGGAAUCCCGUCGAACCUUGCGGAAGCCAGUGCAAGAAUAAGGUAACUUGGACGCAGUCUCCCACGUAAACGGGCGUCAUCGGACGGGCAGGAGAGGCGAACGACAGGUCACCCAAAAGCGGGGACAAGAAACCCGCGGCAAAAGGCAGGCAUGCGCAAUCGGCCGGAGGCGCCCAACUCGGCCUGAUCGCGUCCAUGCUGUGUCCCGUCCUGGCGGUGUCGUGGGCGCUGCUGGUGGCGGCGGUGCUUCCCUCCGGGUGCCGGGCCAGGGCCGUCCCGGGCGGCGGCGUCGACGACCCGGAGCGCGCCCGCGCCAUCGAACUCAUCAAGGGCCGCAUACUGGCCGACCUGGGACUGUCCAGCGCGCCCACGGGCCACGGACGCGCGGCCUCCAACAAGCUGCACCUGGAUCACAUGAUGCGCGUGUACCGGCGCAGCCUGCACCGCUCGCCCGAGGAAGGCGGAGGACGGAGCCGCGGACGCGGCAGGAAGGGCCUCGCCCGCGGAGCCGCCAAGGAGGUCACGCACUACUACAGCUUUAAGAGCGAAGGAGGACCACUACACAUCGCAUUGUCCAGAAGAAGCACGGGAAACUGCGACACACCAAUGCGCCAUCCGCCGAGGAACACAGGGAGGCAACUGCAGAUGGCCCGCAAGGGUCGGGCUUCACUGCAGCACAUCCUCUUCCCCAUCCACAUCGCCAGCGGGCGGCCGCGCGGUGCCAACGCCACGGCGCGCAGCUACAGCGUGCGCUACGCGCGGCUCAGGAUGCGCAUGAUGAGCCGGCGGCCGACGCUGGUGCGCAUCUACCAGCUGCUGGAGCCCGGCUGCCCCUCGUGCGAGCGGCGGCUCAUCAACAUCCGACGGCUGUCCCGCAAGGGCCGCCACCGGAUGGACGUUGCCGAAGCGGUCCAGUCCUGGGUCGACCAGCCCGAGUCGAACCACGGCCUGGACAUCGAGUGCAAGCCGGCGUGCCGGCUCUCGCGCGACUCCGCGCUGGACGUGGAAGUGGCCGAAGUGCUGAACCGGUCGCACCGCAGCUACCGCAACGGGCCGGCGGGCGUGCUCCUGCAGCACCACCGCGCCAUCGACUGCUCGCACGGGCCGGACAACCAGACGGACCUGUGCUGCCGCCACUCGCUCAAGGUGUCGUUCGCCGAGAUCGGCUGGCACUGGGUGGCCGAGCCCAAGGAGUUCGACGCGUACAUGUGCAAGGGACGCUGCCCCAACGACAACCGCAACUUCAACAGCACGCACGCGCUCGUGCAGAGCCUGAUGAGCGAGCGAGCGGACGUGCCGAGCCCGUGCUGCGCGCCCAAGUCGCUCAAGGGGCUGAGCCUGUUGUACCAGGAUGGGCCCGACUCGGACCUCUAUACCGUGGCCACGCAGCAGGGCAUGGUGGUCGAGGAGUGCGCUUGCCUCUGAGCAGGAUGGCCCGCCCACGGCCAGGGCGCGAACCAAAGAUUACAAUGUGCGUGAAGCCACGGGCUACUAUCAUGGCUAUCAGGGCAAGGACGCGGCGGGCCCUGGGAGCGACGGCGAACGAUGUUGUAGAGAGGAGAACGCUGUGCGCCUUCGAGGUGUCGUGUGUUGAUAACUGGAAGAUAUGCUCUCCUUGUGAGGCUUAGCCACGUUUCUUAAUUUAUUUUAUUGCGCAGGUUGCCUGCGGCGUAUUCGCUAUUCCAACUCGCCCACAUCAACGCGCCAUGUUAGGCUUAAGACACAACAGACGUGCGUGUAUAACUCGUCCGUUACGUUGGACGAUGCGUUGGUGAAAUGCUCCAAGACGGCCUAAUUACUGGCAAUGCUCGUUCCGACGGCAGUUCAUGGUUUAUACGGCUUUACAGUGGAACUCGUAAAUGCGACGUUGUCGCCAUGUUUACAGUAGCACUACCGCCAUUGGCUUGCGGCCGUUCGACACUGUCGUAACUCUAGAUGUGAUCGCUCCUCGAGGCAGUUCGUGCGCGUCGAACAAAAUUGUUUCGGUCGAUGUGAAAAUAUCGCUUUAAGUUAUAAAUAGAGUUGGCAGUGUUCGGGAGCGUUCUAAGUGCACUUAGUGAAGCACGAACAAACGACCGUGAAUAGCAAUGGCCGACAUUCAAACGAGAAAAGCUCUGGAAAGCAUCGCAGCAAACAGCUGCAUUUUUGCUCUUAGGCAUGCAGGACAGAAUAACUGCUACUUUCCCGAAAGUAAAAUGCUGACGUGGUCGUUGUGCCAUAACCAUCAAUGACAUAACGAAUGAAUAUAGUGGCGCAGGAUUUCGCAGACCAUGGCGCGGCUUCAGCGAUUAGACAGAGCAUUAAAGAAGCCUCCAGCAAGGGUUUCAAUGAGGAUGUCUUUCACAGCGUAACUCGCUUCCACGAUUAGUUAGGCUUGACGGGUCUCAUGUUAGGUUUAGGUGACAGUGGAGGAAGAUAGCAAGCCAAACUCGACUUGUAGGUUGCACUUUUCGAAUAGCAAGAUGCCACUUUCACCAAGAACAAAAGCUUGGUAUGCCAGAAAGUGACGCAACAGUAAAACGUGGAUCGCGACACCACCGUUUAGUCUCCUCAGCAACUUUCGUAACGCCACAAUAGGUCGCGGUAACAAAUCCCUGAGGCUCGGUAAUUGUCGUUUAUUCAUUGAAUUCCACUGCAGCCUCAGCCCUGCAGUUCUCCACAGUUUCUUUGGAAGAAGGGCGAAAAGGGCAAAAGGAAAACGAAAUCGGACGUCACGCACUGGCUUCAUCGGUGUCGAGGUCUGUGUGCAACAUAAGUUAAGGAAGGCAAGCUUCGACAAACACUUGGCCAGUACUGCUACAAACUGAUACGAUGUCUCAUCACAUCGUUAAGAUAACAUGUCUGUCGUUAAGAUAACAGAGGAGACCAGAGUUUAGGGAGAACCAGAUAACCAAAACAAAGCAUUGAAUUCUUCGUCAGUGCAGUUUCCUACUGGUGCCAUACGCACCGCUAGUCUCAGGUAAGACUCAAGCCGGCAAACCCGCUUGUCUUGACGUCGGGGUGCCAAGAAGGAAAGGAAAAAAUACCUUAACUAAUACGAGUUAAUACGAGCGUCCAUACUUUCGAUAACCAGAGAUACGGUUCUAGAAGCUCGUUGGGAAGAAAGUCUUCGCGCACACAGGAAGCACGUGAUCAGCGCAGCCUCAUAGGGGGUCCCGUUGACCACGCGAGGAAAGAACAGUGUGAGCGUCUCUCGAGAGCUGUCCCAUCGAUCUCUCAUAUAUACUGCUGUCACACGGACACUUUCAGGCCAGCUUCAUUUUCAGAAACAGACACGUUGUGCGCAGAAAGAACAUCACAAUGUAGAUCAACAACGACGGAGCGUUGUCCGUCUUCUUUGUGGUGUAACUCGUGUGCGCUAACCCAACGCCACGUCGUUUUGGAGUGCUUGAUUUAAACGCAUGAAGAACUCGGCGCAUAUCGAGCGAAACAUGUAAUUUUCAAGCACGCUUGCCUUUAUUUCCACUGUGAGGUUUUUACUUCGAUCGUAUUCGAAAAGUCCGAUGCAGGUCGACCCAAUCAGACUUCAGCGGGGGUCGAAAAAUCCCGCAUAACAAGAGUAUUACUGAACGGUCAGUUCCCGUCUUAUGCACGGCGUAUGUUCGCCGGUCGGCUCAGCCUCACUUCCAGGGUUCGCCUCGCUUUGCCAAAGAACAUCCUUGUUGUCGUCAUUGUCGAUGUCAGUGUGCGCAAUCUAAAGACUGUAAGACAAAUCCGACAACCUAAAGAACAGAAAGCAAAUGUCCGCGCACCAGGGUACGGUGUCAUGUUCCUUCCGAGGCGUAUUUCCUCUCAGAGCCUCUUAGUUUCUUCAAUUUUGUUUUCCCCUAGUUGCGCGCGUCGCGCGGCCGUCCUUCUAGUGUUCAAAAUGACCUGUGAUAAAGCGCUGUCCGUUUGAGACGUCGCGACGGGACGCUCGGACGCGCGCAACGUUUAUAGGCAACGGAUUCGCCUUGGUGAAGUGGGGCCUCCAUUCCUACCGACACUGCGUGCUCGGGCACUGUAUAAUUCCACCCCCCCCCCCUGCUAUAUUCUUUCCUCGGCGAAAGCGCAACGUCGUCGGAGGAAGCCCUCAGUCAUCGCGUUCUUCACGGACAUCCACGACCCUUCUCUCCUGUAUCAGCGCGCGCACGACUCCGUCUCUCCAGCUCAACGCAGUGGCGCUGCACGGCCGCGGCUCCCGACCAAUCGAACGAGAGACGACGUGGUGACGCACAUCCGCACUCUGCGUCCCCGCGCCAUCUGGUGUAGUCUUCAGCCAUCGUCGCGCUGCGCUUUCACGUCGAAAACCCGACGACGUUCCGAAGCUGCUCCCCCCCCCCCCCCCCGCUCUCCCCAAAUUCAUGAGCGCCGCUUUGCGUCGACUGCGCGGAGUGCCACUUAUAGGCCUGUCCCAGUCUGGAACUACAUUCCUGCGCACAGGCUCGGCGGACACGGCGCCUUUUCGCGCCUUGGGACUUUCACGUCACUGCACGGAUCUCGCGAGACGGAGUAACGCGCGCAGUGCGGUCGGGCGUUCAUGUUACAGUGUUGUGACGUCACAAGUGAAGUGAGCGAGGUAUCUCCACACGAAGAAAGCAGAAACUAAAGUGUAUUGGACAACGGAGCCGCUUUAAGCCCCGUGCUCUUUGUGUUAUAUAAAGUAUGCGAAAAAAAAAAGUGUCUAUGUUGUUUCCCCGAAGACUGUGUGUAUCAAUAAAAGUAUCUCAAGCAUGUUAAA